UGCACACUCGCCAUCGACCCCCCAUAUAUUCCCCACCAGAUGCUUGUUCAAAUGGCUCGCAAUCGAAAAUACUGACUAUGGGAACCUCUUGAUCAGCGGGAAGUGGACAGCCUCUUCGGUUCCUUGUCCACGGCUGCCGUAGAAGCAGAUAAGCGUCGGUAUAUAGUCGGCCAGCUCGAAGUUGCUCACGCAAUCCGACAAGCUCGCUCGCGUCUUUGUCGAGAUGCUGAAACUGACGCCACGGUUGACCGCGUUGUCCACGCUCGCUGUCGUGCUCGGGGUCUACUUGACAGUGUAUGGCUACGGGACCCUCCCGCCUCCGCUGUCCUGGAUCUUCGGCGCGGGAAGUCUCCCCGAUCUGUACGAGGCGUCCAUGGAGGAGCUGCAGGAGGGGCUGAGGAAGGGCCGGUUCACCAGCGUCGAUCUAGUAAAGGCAUACUUUGCGCGAAUCGAUGAAGUAAAUUUGAAGGGUCCCGCGCUGCGUGCUGUCAUCGAGACCAAUCCGAGCGCGCUCAAGCAGGCGGCGGAACUCGACGAGGAAAGGAAGACGUCCGGGCCUCGUGGGCCUUUACACGGGAUUCCAAUCCUGCUGAAGGACAACAUCGCGACCCUCCACGAGGAAGGGAUGAACACCACCGCAGGCUCAUACGCCCUCCUUGACUCCAUCGUCCCAGGCGACGCGACCGUCUCUGCGAAGCUACGCGCGGCAGGCGCGAUCCUUCUCGGAAAAGCGUCUCUCUCCGAGUGGGCGAACUUCCGCGGGUUGGUGCCCUCGGGAUUCUGCGGGCGCGGCGGGCAGUGUGUGAGUCCGUACGUGCCCCUCGGGGACCCGUCCGGCUCGAGCUCGGGUAGCGGCGUCGCCGUUGCCAUUGGACUCGCCGCGGGCGCGCUCGGUUCCGAGACGGACGGAUCGAUUAUCUCGCCGAGCAAUAAUAACAAUAUUGUGGGGCUCAAGCCGACGGUGGGGCUGACUUCGAGGGCGGGAGUCAUACCCAUCUCGGAGCACCAGGACAGCGUUGGCCCCAUGUGCCGUACUGUCGCAGACUGUGCCAUUAUCCUCUCGGCUAUCGCAGGGCGUGAUCCACACGAUAACUACACGCUCGGGCAGCUCGCGACGGUCCCGGACUAUACGAAGUCUCUCCGGCGCGACGGCUUGAAGGGUGCACGGCUCGGCGUGCCGCGGAAGGUGCUCGAGGGCGCGGACGCGAACAUAUUGAUUGCGUUCAACGAAGCGCUGGAGGUGCUGAGGACGCUGGGAGCUAAAGUGGUAGACCCGGCAGACUUUGAGGGAGAGGGCGAGCAUGGGUGGAAUGCUGAGAAGGAAGAUGUGGUCCUGUGCGGGGAUCUUAAGGUGAACGUCAACAGCUACCUCUCGAAACUCGUCGAGGUCCCGACGGGUACACGGACACUCGCGGAUCUCAUUGAGUUCAACAAAACGCACGCGGACAAGGAGCUCGUCGAGCCUUUCUGGAAUGACCAGUCCAGGUUCAUUAAGUCCGAGUCCACGCCGCAGGACGUCGCCUACUUCGAUGCCCUCGCACACGGGUAUCGCAUGGGGCGCGAGCUCGGGAUCGAUGGCGUGCUGAAGAGGUACGAUGUAGACGCGAUCGUAAUGCCCGCGAGUGAGGCCUCGCAGCCUGCCGCGGUCGCGGGGUAUCCGAUCAUCUCAGUCUCCCUCGGCUUCCAACCGCCCGACGUUCCGCUUGGUGAGGCAGCGCCGACACGCAUGAACGGGCCGGGGAUGCCUUUCGGGAUCGCGUUCCUGGGGACGGCAUACAGCGAGGAGACACUGUUUAAAUAUGCGUAUGCAUAUGAGCAGGCGACAAAGCACCGCCUCAGGAGGAGGGCGUACGAGGAAGCGGUGCCCAAGGCACAAUUGAAAGACGUGAUGAAGCAUUAAUGGUAGGGAAGUGUCCUUGCGGGACAAGCGCCCGUCUGGAAGUAGGCAUUUUGUACAUUAAGUAUAUCUGAGUGUUACACCCUAUUUAUAGGACAUUUGGGAUA